AUGGUCAUGAGGCCCACGCAGGAUACUGACCUGGGCUCGCAUGAUGACACCUUUAGCAUCCAUACCGACCUACUCUUCGACCCACAACAAAAGGCCUUCACCGCAGAUACUUCCAUCCAGGUCUCCCGCUCCACAGGCCUGAUAAUCAAAGUAUACAAGCGCAAAGAUGCACUCCCUUCCACCAUCCAAGAACCUGAGAUCGAUCUCCGCGGCCUCUGCGUCCUACCCGGUCUCGUAGACGCUCACACCCACGCCUUCUUGCAUGCAUAUUCGGAGACACCAUCAUUGAACCAGAUGCGAGAUGAGAGUAUCAUCGAACGCACCAUUCGCGCCACUAACCACUGUCGAGCCGCUCUCCUGGCAGGCUACACUACUUACCGCGAUCUCGGGACCGAAGGCGCCGGCGAAGCUGAUAUCCACCUUCGAAAUGCUAUCAAUCGUGGUAUCAUCCCCGGACCGCGAGUUUAUUGUGUUGGCGAAGCCCUCGCCUCCUCAGGGGGGUAUGAGAUCCGGCACGAGAAUGCCAUGGGAGGUGCCUCCGCCCCACGUAUAAGCGACUCCUGCGACGGACCUAUUGGCGUCCGAGCAGGCGUGCGUCGUCGCCUAGGCGCUGGCGCAGAUCUUAUAAAAUUCUAUGCGGACUACCGCAAACGUGAGCUCAGAUUCCCAGGUAGUCAUUGGCCAGGGUGUCCGGAGAUUCAAUUCCCGCCACAGCAGGAAGGCCUACAAGGAGAGCGGAACCCGAAUAUACUUCUCUGGCAGCAAGAUGAGAUGGAUGCCAUUGUUACCGAAGCUAAGGCUUCGCGGGCGGCGGUGGCGGCGCAUGCUAGCACGCCUGAAGCCGUGAUCAUGGCAUCCAAUGCAGGUGUCACGACUAUCGAACACGGCUUCUUGCCGAUGAAAGGAACGAAAGCGAUGGAGACGAUGAAAGAGAACGGGACGAUUUUCGUGCCUACGCUCGCUGUUGUGGAGACAGCCGUAAGUAAGGAGCAGAUGCGGGAAGUCAUGGCCCAAACCAAAGAGGCGUAUGAUCGUGGCAUCAAGCUCGCUUGUGGCGGCGACACAGGUGCCUUCGCUCACGGAGACAAUGCUCGCGAGAUGGAAUUGUUUCUUGAAGCUGGGAUCCCACUUGAGGAGGUGUUGUACAGCGCUACUGUACGCGGAUGGGAAGCUUGUGGUGGGGACUGGUGUGGGAGAAAGUUUGGGUGGGUUGAAGAGGGCGUGGCGGCGGAUUUUGUUGGGUUCAAGGAGGAUUUGCGAGCGAAAGGGGUGGCGGAGGGAGGAGGGCUAAGGAAGGUGGAGUUUGUGAUGAAAGACGCUAAGGCGUGGAAGCAAGAUGGGACGGCGGUGGGGAUGGUAUGA